AUGAAGCGGCAGCUGAGCAACAGUAGCAACUGCAGCAAAAGCAGCAACUGCAGCAAAAGCAGCAGCUGCAGCAAAAGCAGCGGCAGCAGCAACUGCAGCGACCGGAGCAAAAGCGGCAACAGCAGCAAAAGCAGCAGAAGCAACAAAGUCAACAACAAUAACAUGGAUGUCCCGGAUCCUUCUCAUGGAGGAGGGAUGCUUGCAUCAGGUGGCGCGGAAGCUGCUGCACCUGUUGUUGCUGCUGGUGCUGCUGAAGAGCAGCAGAUCUCAGAGGGGUCUAUUUCUCCUAGUCACGGCGGCAGUAGCAGUAGCAGCAGCGUCGUUUCUUCGUACCAGUGCAGCAGCAGCGGUGGCACCAGCAGCGGUGCCAGCGGCGGUGGCAUCAGUGGCAGCGGCAACAGCAGCGGCGGCAGCAGCAGCCGAAGCAGCGUUAUGUCUUCCCUGCGCAGCAGCGGUAGUAGCAGCGGCAGUAGCAGCGGCAGCGGCAGCAGCAGCAGCAGCAGCAGCGUCGUUUCUUCCAUUCGCGGGACGACUAUUCAUCGUGCCAGCAGCAAGCACCAGCAGCAACAGCAGCAGCAGCGGGCUCCAACUUGCGGAGGGAAGAAGGCCCGGUGUCUCGGCACCAACCAGUGGGUUGCUGCUCUUUUCAAGCCAACGGGGGAGCACAGACUGGCUAAGAUAUUGUCCGUGAGGACCCACGGCGAGACGGGUUCGCAUCUGCCAGAUGAGGUGAUGCAGCCGGGGCUCGCAAGACAACUGAGGAGCAGCAGCAGCAGCGGCAGCACCAGCAGCAUCAGCAGCAGUAGUAAGAGCGGCACUAGCAAGUGUACUGGAUCCAAGGCUGGGGGUUCUUCCGCUUUCGAUUCUGCAAGCAGCAGCAGUAGCAGCAGCGAAGCAGCAGUGCCACCAGCCUGUCCUAGUGCUUAUGAAUAUUACGUGCACUACCGCCUUACCAACAGAAGAUUAGACUGUUGGCUGCAGUUUUCUGAUUUGCUCCCAGUGAAUGCAAGGGGACAAGUCUUACUACCCACGGGGUACGACCAGCAGGCCACCUCACGGCAGGCCACUGGCGUUGCUGGGGCCGCAGGAGCACCUGCAGGGGAUGAAGCAGCACAAGAUGUGGCACGCGAUGGAACAUCAUCCGACUCUGCCAGGACAGAUGAGCACAUGCCGAAGCGAUUGAAGCUUUCGCACGAUGGCGUUGUGCCUUCUGAUGCUGCUGCUGCCUCUCCUGCUAGUGCUGCUGCCGUGCCAACCGUUGAGCCAUUGGCUGCAUCCGCAGCAACAGUAACGCCGGCUGCGGGAGAACGCGAGGGACAGGACGACUCUGCCGCAGCUGCUGCUGCAUGGAAACGGCUGGAGCAGGAGAGGAAUGCAGAGGCGGAGGAGCUGAAAGCGCUGCUCUUUGACCCUUCACUUGUCUUUUCAGAUCACGACGACGAGGAGCACGAGGGUAUGGACUCAGCGACGUUGGCGGCACACGAAGAGGCGACGCGUGUGAAAACGGUGAACAGGAUCUUUUUUGGGGGUCAGGAGAUUGACACCUGGUACUUCUCGCCCUAUCCGGCGGAGGCGCAGGCCACAGAUCUCCACAUUUGCGAGUUUUGCCUCGCUUUCUUCCUCAAAGCCUCCGAGCUCCUCACACACUCGCUAAGGUGCACCGUCAGGCACCCUCCAGGCAAUGAAAUCUACAGAGAUGGACAUUUGUCCAUGUUCGAAGUCGACGGCAAGGCAGCGCGAGUGUACAGCGUGGGCGCUCUUUUCCCGACGCCAGCAGCACAAGACCCAGCACCUCAGCAAGAGGACCAGCAGCAGCCACCGCAACAAUAG